AGAACGGAGCCGGGGCCGAGCCCAGCUCGCGGUGGCGACGCCGCCUCAGGACCGAUCGCCGCGCCUGGCCGGGUCGGGAGCGCGGCCUCGGCCACUCACCAAGAUGCGCUUGAAAAGCUGUUAACACGCACGCCCACAACGACUCUGCAGAGGCUGAGAGCAAGCGUCCACCCCGAAGGAGUGAUACCGGAAGUGAAAGUAAUCCCGUGUGUGUCGGGAUGAAAUGUAGCAGGUCACGGAGAGUUACGGCUACAAAUCUGGUUUACGUGUGCUGCUAGGGCGCAGGCUUAGUAUCACUUCUGACCUGCCGACUCUUGAGAAUUGUCCUUAGAGUACCGACUAAUCCUGCUCCUGUGGUGGGUGACGGAGAAGACUUGCCGUUCCCAGAUGCUGAGAUGAAUCGUCACCUGUGUGCUUGGCUUUUUAGACUUUCAUCUCGUAAUGGUUACCACCAGUGCCACAUCCACCCCCAGUCUCAUCAGUUUACACAGAGACAUUGUGAUACAAGACUAUGGGUUUUUAGACAAAACAGGCAUUCCAUUCUCCAUCAUCUGUUAAAUAAGAAUUGUCCCAGGAGAUAUUGUCAUCAAGACACCAGGAUGCUGUGGAAGCAUAAAGCACUACAGAAAUAUAUGGAGGACCUGAGUAAGGAGCACCGUAUGCUUGAUCAGUGUUUGCAGCGAGUGUCUCUGAAUGAAGGGGACCGAAGAGCCUUGAAUAGAAGGCAUGCCAAGUUGGCACCACUCGCAGCCAUUUACCAAGAAAUUCAGGAGGCUGAGCAAGCAAUUGAAGAAUUAGAUUCAAUGUGUAGAAGUCUAAAUCAACAAGAUGAAAAGCAGUUACAAGAACUUGCAUUGGAAGAGAGACAAACCAUGACUCAAAAAAUCAAUAUGUUAUACAGUGAGCUUUUCCAGAGUCUAGUGCCAAAGGAGAAAUAUGACAAAAAUGACGUUCUUUUAGAGGUGACAUCUGGAAGAACUACUGGAGGUGAUAUCUGCCAGCAGUUUACCCGGGAAAUAUUUGAUAUGUACCAGAAUUAUUCAAGCUAUAAAAACUGGAAAUUUGAACUUCUGAAUUAUACACCAGCUGAUUACGGUGGGCUACAUCAUGCAGCUGCCCGAAUUUCUGGUGACAGUGUAUAUAAGCAUUUGAAGUAUGAAGGUGGGAUUCACCGAGUUCAACGAAUCCCCGAGGUGGGCCUGUCAUCAAGAAUGCAGCGUAUUCACACAGGAACCAUGUCAGUCAUUGUCCUCCCUCAACCAGAUGAGGUAGAUGUGAAAAUAGACCCCAAGGAUUUGCGAAUAGAUACAUUUCGAGCCAAAGGAGCAGGAGGUCAGCAUGUUAAUACAACUGAUAGUGCUGUCAGACUCGUCCAUGUCCCCACAGGGCUUGUAGUAGAAUGCCAACAAGAACGAUCACAGAUAAAAAAUAAAGAGAUAGCUUUGCGUGUGUUGAGAGCUAGACUCUACCAGCAGAAUAUUGAGAAAGACAAAUGUCAGCAACAAAGUACUAGAAAACUGCAGGUGGGAACAAGAGCCCAGUCAGAGAGAAUUCGGACAUAUAAUUUCACCCAGGAUAGAGUCACUGACCACAGGAUAGCAUAUGAAGUUCGUGAUAUUAAGGAAUUUUUAUGUGGAGAGAAGCAUCUGGAUCAGCUAAUUCAAAGACUACUUCAUUCAGCAGACGAAGAAGCCAUUACUGAAUUUUUGGAUGAAAACCUUAAAUCAGCAAAAUAAAUGCUGAUUUAUUAUAUAUUCUUCUAUAAAUGCAACAGACCUAUCUCAAGAAGCAGCUGUUCAUAAAGUGCAGCUAAAAUUACACAGUACGUACAAAUAUAUUUUUUAAUGAAUUAAGUCACAUUUCUUGACCUAAGAAUUUAUAAAAUACAGUCCCAACUCUUCAAGCAGAAAACAAGCGUGCAAUGAACAUUGCAAAAAACAAAAAAAUAAGCAUGUAUUUUUGAAAAGAGAAAUAAAGUAUUGGGAAUUGAUUAUGUAA